AUGCAGCUGCGGCGGGGGCGCGCGGCGGUGUGGGGCCUGGUGCUCGUGCUCGUGCUGGGCCAGCUGGGCCCGGCGGCGCAGGCGGUGGAGCCCAUCAGCGUGGGCCUGGCUCUGGCCGGCGCCGCCGCCUCGGCUCUGACCGGCUUCAUCUCCUACCCGCGGCUUUACUGUUACUUCGCCGAGUGCUGCUUGCAGAGGCCGGGCGCGCGCGCGGGGGCAGUGCUUGAGCAGGAGUUGGACAAGAAGCUCUUUGGACAGCAUCUGGUAAAAAAGGUGGUUGUGAAAGCUGUCAUUGGCUUUUUGAACAACGCAAAUCCGAAGAAGCCUUUGACCCUCUCCUUGCAUGGUUGGACGGGCACUGGCAAGAACUUUGUCAGCAAGAUCAUUGCGGAGAGCAUCUAUGAAGGAGGCCUCAACAGCAGAUAUGUCCAUCAUUUUGUCUCCACUUUGCAUUUUCCUCAUCAGCAGAACAUCACCCAGUACAAGGACCAGUUGCAAAUGUGGGUUCGGGGCAACGUGAGCGCCUGUGCGAGGUCGAUCUUCAUUUUCGAUGAGAUGGAUAAAAUGCACGCCGGACUCAUUGACUCCAUCAAACCUUUCCUAGAUUAUUACGAGCAGCUGGACGGUGUGUCUUAUCGGAAAGCCAUCUUCAUCUUCCUCAGCAAUGCAGGGGCUGAAAAAAUAACUGAAGUGGUGCUGGACUUUUGGAGGAGUGGAAAGAGACGGGAGGACCUGGGACUGCAAGACCUGGAGUCUUCGGUGUCUGUGUCUGUUUUCAAUAACAAAAACAGUGGGUUUUGGCACAGCAGCCUCAUUGACAGAAACCUCAUUGAUUACUUCAUCCCUUUCCUUCCUCUGGAAUACAAGCAUGUGAAAAUGUGUGUCAGGGUUGAACUCGAGUCUCGGGGCUACGAGGUGGAUGAAGAAAUCGUAACCCAGGUAGCGGAUGAGAUGACCUACUUCCCAAAGGAGGAGAGGAUCUAUUCCGAUAAAGGAUGCAAAACUAUAUACACAAAGUUGGAUUUUUACUUGUGAUAUUUUUAUGAUCUCGUCCUCAAUGAAGAAAAUGAACCCAAGCACUGAAUUUGAAGGAUUUUUCCUCCUGAUG